AUGAAGAAGAAGAAGAGACAAAAUCUCUCGAAUCAGCUGAAACUUUGUUCUAUUGAAAAGGAAAUUCAGUUGCAAAACGAUCUUAAAUCUCUCGAAUCAGCUGAAACUCUGUUCUUAAAGCAAAAAUCAAAGAUACAAUGGCUUAAAGAGGGCGAUAAAUGUUCCAAAUUAUUCCAUUAUGCUCUUGCUCUAAAGCAUAAAAGGGAUACCAUUCGAAUCCUUGUUGAUGACCAUGGUAACAGGCUGGAAUCUUUUGAUUCUAUGUCAGCAGAAGUGAUUAAUUUUUUUACUAACUUGAUUGGCACUAUUGACUAUGAGGUGAAAGCUAUUGAACCUUUCUUGUUGAAAGACAUUCUGCAGUCCGCUAUUACUGAGGACAAUGCUCAUGAUCUUAUUAAGGAAAUCACUAAUGAGGAAAUUAAGACUGCAUUCUUUUGUCAAGGAAAUGACAAGUCUCCUGGGCCAGAUGGCUACACUCCUUUCUUUUUCAAAAAAGCUUGGCACAUCAUAAGAGAAGAUGUCACUGCUGCUGUUAAGUACUUCUUUAUUGAGUCUUCUCUUCUCCCAGCUUUUAAUGCUACAAUCGUAACAUUGGUUCAUAAAAUCCCUAACCCAAGCAAAGUUAAGGAUUUUAGACUAAUUUCAUGUUGUUCAGUUUUUUACAAGGCUAUAUAUAAAAUUCUGGUUAGCAGACUACAAAAACUCAUUCCUGAUUUAGUCUCCCUAAACCAAACUGCUUUUGUAAAAGGAAGAAACAUUGUGGAUAAUACUCUUCUUACUCAAGAAUUGGUCAGAGGUUACAAUAGAAAAAAUAUAUCUCCUCGAUGCUCCCUUAAGAUCGAUCUCCAUAAAGCCUUUGAUACUCUUCACUGGGAUUUCAUCUCUGUCAUUCUUAAAGCUAUUGGUCUGCCUCCAAUCUUCAUCAAAUGGAUUGAAAUUUGCUUAUCUACACCAAGGUAUUUCAUAGCCUUCAAUAGGACCUUAAUUGGUUUUUUUAAAGGAGCCAAAGGAAUUAGACAAGGAGAUCCCCUUUCUUCUUUGCUAUUUGUUCUCUCAAUGAAUGUCCUCUCUAGACUUCUUAAUCUAGCAGCUGCAAGAGGUGUUUUCGGGUACCAUCCAAAAUUCAAAAGAAUAGGCCUCACUCACCUCUCCUUUGCUGAUGACCUCUUAAUUUUCUGUAAAGGUUCGAUUGAUUCUGUCAUUGGGGUCACUAGUGUCUUAGAUCUUUUUUAUGAGAUAUUUGGCCUAAAGCUUAAUGCCUCAAAAUGUGACUUUUAUGCUGCUGGUUUACACUCUACAUAUAACAUCCCAAACUAUGGUUUACCUGUGCGUUAUUUAGGUAUCUCAUUGGUCUCUAGAAAAAUCUCGGAUAAGGACUGCACUUCUCUUAUUGAAAAUAUUAGAGCAAGACUUAAUCACUGGACUACUAAAACUUUAAGCUAUGCUGUUUUAAGCAAACUCGAGCAGUUCUAUUCGCGAUUCUUCUGGAAAGGGGCUGAUAAAUCAGCAACCGGAGCAAGGCUGGAGUCUAAGGCGUAUCUUCAAGCUUUGAGCUAUGGCUUAUCCCAUCCUUACUGCUGGAACGGAGAAAAUUACUGA